AUGAAAAAGUAUGGGAUAAUUCCAUACAUUGUUGUAUAUAUAGUGGCCCUUUAUGGGCACAAGUUUGUGGAGUCUAUCAAUCCAGUUUAUGAUGGAACUCCAAUAUUACAAAGACCGAGGGAUCGCAUAGACCAGUACAUUCCGGCUCCCGCUGAAGGAUACCGAUCCGAUACCAGUGUACAAGAGCCGUGUCUAAUAAGUCUCAAUAUAAAAAACAAGAAUCAAACUGAUCGCAUAGACUACAGAAGGAACGAUGCCAAAAAAACGGAUACAUUUAUCGCUAAACAACCAUACAUUUUUUACCAGAUAACAAGAAAUAAUGAAAUUUUAUGGAAGGCUCAAAACGACCAAUUUUUCCCUAGAGUGGUUGUUAAGGAAACGCCGACGGGCGAGUCCUUCUUUCGAAUAUAUUACAACAACGAGGCCACAGAAUCUGAUAUUGAGUACGACCCUCCUCCACAGACUGCGCCAAGGGCUGAUCCAAGGACUAUUCACCAAUCUGUUCCCACGAGCGGCCCCCCGUCUGGGCCCGAAACUCUCGCCAAGGAGGGCGUCAUCCCUGUCAUCACUGUGGACCUAGGUUAUAAGCGGAGUAACCAAUACCUUAUAUAUGAGUCUGACGCUUCAAAGACGCGCGAGAUGUAUACGACUAACAAGCCAUUUUUAAUUAAGAAGGUCGUACAAGACAAUGAAGUUCUUUGGCAAUCGAGAAAUGGCAUGUACGCGUACCGAGUCUUAUUUAAGCAGGACCAUGAAGGCCCGAGGCUGAAGGUGUUCUUCCCUGAGGAGCAGGACCAAUUGACACAACAACAAGCCCAAAAACUGCCUGAGCAAUUCCCUCAACAGGUCCCGCAACAGUAUCCUCAACAAGUGCCUCACCAAUUUCCUCUACAGGUUCAGCAACAGCUCCAUCAACAAGUCGCACAGCAAUUUCCUCAACAGGUACAGCAACAGCACCCUCAGCAAGUCGCACAGCAAUUUCCUCAACAGGUACAGCAACAGCUCCCUCAACAAGCCGCAGAGCAAUUUCUCCAGCAUGGGCCACAACAGCGCGCCCAAACGGCACCAGGGGCAACUCCCAAAGCCAAAACUGAAAGUGAUUCAGAUAUGGAUUUCCGCAUUGUAACAAGAUCGGAUGUUGACUCUCCAACUGAAGCUAAAUCGGAAAGAGAAGUUCAACGUGCAAGGAGGCCAUAUUACAGGGUUCAACAACGUGCAGCGCAACAUUCUGGGUCUGAACGUCGCGCGGAACCAAGAGCUCACCCACAAGCCUCGGUUCAACACCCAGGACAUCCCGGAGUUCAAACUCACCCUGAACCCCAAUUUAGACCAGAACCCAGGCUUGUGCCCCAACCUAAACCGCAACCCAGGCUGCGUCCUGAAGACAGACGAGAGUCACUACGAGAUUUCGAUUACCCAUCCUCGGCAGAACCAUUAUUUGAGCGAACACCCCGCCCACAUCAGGGGCCCGAUGAUGAGCCACCUCAUACCCCCAGAGCUCCAUUCGAGCACUUCUCGGAGCCUGAAUUUAAAAGUGAUAGUGACCAGGAGACCAGACGGAAACGCAGAGCUGAGCCCAGACGUGAACAUAGAGCCGAGCCUAGUUACGACGAUAGAGAAGAACACAGAUAUGUACCAAGAGAGGAACAGAGACACGUUCCGGGGCCUCCCCAAAGAGCGCCAUCAGAGGACAGUGAUGAGCGCAGGCGUCGCACUCAUCACAUACCUCUGGAAAGUGAUGGGCCUGAAGAAUCGCACAAGGAAUUGCAGGAGCCAGAGUUCAGGCCCGUAUCGCCCGCAUACGUCGACCCCGUCGUACUUUCAGGCAAGAAGAUUCCGAUUUCACUGGAUAUUGAGUUUAAGUUCUGCACGUACCUUUUCGACUACCAUCGCCACAACAACCUCGGUACUUACACUACCAAGGAGAACUUCAUCUUCGCAAAGAUUAGGAGGAACGAUAAGUUCUACUGCAUGGGCAGCGACGUUACGAUCUGGCAGACUAACGACAUUAAAGUGCACUCCACAAAGGUUAAUGUUAUAUCAGACAACAGGGUCGUAAUACACCUGAAUAGCGGCAAGACGCUCUUCUACAAAAGGGGCUUUGACUCUAUGUGGUUCCCCGUCGAUAAGUCGUCGUACGAUCCCAUAGACUGGAACCACAUGCUUCUCGAACUCGAUAUAGGAAGCAGGAGGUCCACGCAGUACUACGAGUUCUUUUCAUACAGCAAAUACAUCUCACGACGCAAGGGCACGUACCUGUUCGUGGCCAGAGAAAGGUUCAGAUUUAAAAUGGUUUACAACAAUCGCACUGUAAUUUGGAGGGCAUACUCCGAGGACGAAUGCGCAUACAAAGUCGGUGUGUACCGGGCUAUCGGAGGCACAGAGCACGUGACUGUGUUCCUGGUGAACGGAAACACACGCAACUUCAUGAGGCAGCUUUACGGACUCGGCAUGGGCUCAAACUGGUAUGAGGAUUUCGUAAUACCGGGAUACGGAGGUCCCACAGCUAGGGAAACCAGCCACGUCCCAGGACCACCGGGUAGAACUGGCAUCAACCUUAACUUGCCGACAUUCACCGGUCAAAUUAUGGACAAGCUCUCAAAGUGGUACAACAACGUAGACUUUAGCAAGUUGUACAACCGCAACCCGUUCAGCACUAACACGCAAGAAGAUUUUAACAAAAUGGCGCAGUUCCACGCAACUGACUCAGGCAAUGUCAAGAAGCCAGCUGAAGAAACAGAGUCCUCAUAUAAAAACAGAACGUUCGCGUUCGACGACGACGAUGACGAAGACGGGCCCCAGGCUGAGUACGUAGACUUCAACGCCAACAAUAACAAAUUUUUCCGUAACUAA